UAAUUUUUUAGCUAUUUUCUAUUAUAAUUUAAUUUAAAGUAAACACUGUAUUUUGAGUUCGCUGCAAACCGUAACUUUGAUGUCUACAAAAUUGCUAAGCUUUGUUGCAUGAAAGAUGCCACUAGUUCUGGAUAAAGAGGCACAAGCCGGCAUGGAGGCAGAGCUGAGCAGGCUGAGGCACCAGCAUCAUGUCCUGAAGAUGGAGAGCAAGACCUACAGCGACCAGGCCCAGCACCGGAUCCACAAGCAGCAAGAAGAGAUCAACCGCAUGCUAAAAGAACAGGACGAGAUGGAGACGAACAUAAAUCUGAUGACAUCCAAUCAGAGGACACUGAGUGACCACUGUCACCUACUGGAGCUGAAGUGUCUGCUGGAGAAGCAGGACCACUACAACACGCUCAUCCAGAAGCAGAAAGACCACAUUACCAAGCUGGAAGUGCAGAUUAAAGAGGUGGAGGCGAAGCUCCUGGAGAAGAAGAAAAGAAUGAGAGGAAGGAACUGCACACAGCACAGGCCUGCUCAGCAGCAGAAGCAGAUCCGAAUUCUGGAGAGCCGUGUCAGCCAGGCCACCAUGCAGUUUGACAAGCUGCUGUCCAGGAACCAGGCCCUGCGAGUGGAUAUUGACCACCUCCGGUGGCAAAGGGACACUUUUGGUCAGCUGUACCAAAAGAUGAGCAAGGACGUGCUGCUCCAGCACAGCAUCAUGCAGGAGCUGGUGGAAAAGUCAACCCAGGCCUAUGACCAAAGGUCCGAGGCCCUGGCCCGUAUGCAGGCGGUGAAGGACCGCAGUCAGAAGGACCUGGUGCUGUACAACACCGAGCUGAAGGAGAUGAUGAGGGUCAUCGACCACGAGGACAAGCUGAGGAGCUUUAUGAUGCUGAAGUCCCAGGAGCGCUCCGCCGCUGCGGAGGACGAGCCCACCUCUGGCAAAAAGAAGAAAAAUGCUGAGCAGGCCCUGCAGGAGAGGACAGGUGCAGAAAGCCUGGAGACCUACCAGGCCGUUCACAGGCGGAUGGUGGAGCUGGCAGGAGAGGACAACCUCAAGGAGAUAGGGAGGAAGUUUGUGGAGAACGAGGAAAAGAACUUUGCGUAUUUCAACUACAUCAACGAGCUCAAUAAUGAGGCGGAGAUGCUGGAGCUGAAGAUUAACAGGAUGAAGAAUGAGAUUCUCCAGUUCCAGUUGGAGGACAGACACCAUGAGGAACAGAGGAACGCUUCAUUAAAGGAGCUAGAGGUGAAGCUGGAGACAACCAGAAGCCAAGCAGAUGCCCUGGAGUCUCGAUAUAAGUUGACUUGCAAAUCCCUGGACCAGCUGAAGACUGGCAUCGCAGAUCUUUUCACCAAGAUGAACUGCGACCCCUUGCCCAUCUUGGAGAAACUGGGCGGUAGUGAGGGAAUCAGUUAUUCCAACGUCACCCAGUAUAUUGGUAUCCUGGAGCAAAAGGUCAAUGAAAUGCUGAUGGUCUUAUCGUACCUGAACCUGAAGGAUGCAGAGGAGCAGGACUUGCCUGCCACCAACCCCCUUCUGGCCAGUUCUGCCCUGAUACCCACCGUGAUGCCUGUGAAAACGGAGGUGCCACCUGACUUUGAGGAGAGCGAGGCCGAACAGCAGCAGGCGGCAGAUGACGGCAAGCCUCUGGAUAUUAGGAGCCUACGAGAGAAGGUGCUUCCCAAGGUGAUGGCCUCAGAGGAGCUGGCGAAACGCUGCGAGCUGUCCAAGGCCGAUUGCAGGACCCACCGGGAAAAGAAGAAGCUGUCCACUGUGGUCAAAACCACCUGAGAGGUGAAGCCAGAGCCCAGAAAUCCCCCCCAACACCUCCAGCUGUUCAAUAAAAGAAAGACAAGCUCUAGUCAUA